AUGAUAAAACGUUUGAAGAACAGAGCGAAUAUACAACACCAACCAGGCGCACUCAAGCACUGGAUGUCAGGCGGAACGGUGUCACUACUUAAAUCUCGAAGAAAUAUCCCAGCCGGUCCAGAACAUAACCCGAUGCGAAGAGCCAUCAGACGCCAAGUGAAAGUGAGUUUGCGAUCCGACCAUCCAAAUAAAGGGGCAACAAUGGUCGCGUCACUUUCGCCCACUUCGAGUGAAGGAGAUUUUACUCGGUAUAGCAUAUCACUGAGAGUCGUUCGACGCUUGCAAAAUCGAGGGAUCAAAGAAUUAUUUCCCGUUCAGUAUAAGACAUUCGAUAUGAUAAUGGCCGGCGCAGAUGUCGUAGUACUGGCACGAACUGGCACUGGGAAAACCCUUGCGUUCACCAUACCAAUCACAGAAAUGCUUUUGAAGAACUGUGAUGGACAUACCGAAAAAGGUCGAUCCCCCAAGGUGGUGAUUCUCGCGCCAACCAGAGAGCUGGUGACACAGAUCUCCUCGGAUUUUCAAUCACUUUGUGAAGACGAUUUCUCAGUUCUCGCAGUCUAUGGCGGAGUUCCACUUGGUCCUCAAUGUAACUCCCUGCGCCGGGGUGUAGAUGUCCUUGUCGGCACUCCGGGUCGGGUAAUCGAUCUAAUGGAACGCGGGGUUCUUUGCUUGGACUCUGUGAAGCACGUUGUUCUGGACGAAGUAGAUCGAAUGUUGGAUAUGGGCUUCCACAAAGACGUUGAGUCUAUCAUCGCACAUAUGUACGAAAGUGAGUCAAGGCAGACAUCUGAUGCAAAACCUCAAACAUUGCUCUUCUCUGCUACCAUGCCUCCGUGGGUGUCAUCUGUGGCUAAACGUUAUCUCUCUGACGAUACACGCCACGUAUCAUUCAUCGAGGAGCAACAGAACAAAACAGCCUUGAAUGUGACGCACCUCGCCCUACCUUGCCCUUUCCAAGAGCGUGCUGCGACGCUAGCGGAUGUUAUUCGAACCUACUGCACUCGAAAAAAGUCGCGAUGUAUCGUAUUCUGUGAACGGAAAAAAGAUGCAGAUGAGUUAGCAGCUCACUCAGCAAUGAGCGCUGACUGUCACGUGUUUCACGGUGAUGUUCCACAGGACAAGCGCGAAUUAAUUCUCCAGAAAUUCCGCGAGGGGAAGUACCGCACGCUCAUCACUACAAACGUCGCUGCACGUGGAUUGGAUAUUCCGGAAGUGGACUUGGUAGUGCAGUGCCAUCCUCCACGAGAUGUAGAAGACUACAUUCACCGUUCCGGGCGUACUGGACGGGCUGAAAAGAGUGGGACCUCCAUUGUCUUUCACUCACCACGCGAACGCGGUCUUCUGGCCAUGAUCGAACAGCGAGCCGGUAUCAAAUUUCGUCGAAUCGCUGCUCCCACAUUGCACGACAUCAUUGGCGCUUGGGGUGGCGAACUCGUGCAGUCUUUCACUGCAGUUCCAGAAUCAACCUGGUCAGCUUUCCUGCCGAUUGCGAAACGCUUGGUUCGAGAACUUGGUGCGCACUCCGAAACAGAAGAGACUAACCUUCAAGAACAACAGGAGGGUGUUAAAUCAAAGAAGCACAAGUGUCGAGCCGUUCCAGACGAAAAUGAAUCGCCUUUACGUCCACCAAAGUCUGCUACCACUUUACGCGUACUCUGUUGUGCAUUGGCUCGUUUGAGCGGCAAGGAUAGUGUGGUGGAGACGCGUUCACUUCUCACUUCACGUUCCGGUUUUACAACUUACAAACUUGAGUUUCCGAUGGUCGCCCAUCGAAAGGGUUUAGCAUAUGAUAUGCUCCGGGGCACGUUGUCAGAGGAUAUCCUGAACAGCAUAAGCAACAUGACCUUUAUUGAGGGUCGGAAGGGUGUCGUCUUUGAUCUGCCUACAAACUUCAGUGAAACGGUUUCUUCCAACUGGAAGAAGUCACAAACUUCAGCUGCUCUGGAAGUCCUAACUGAGCUACCCGAAUUGGAGCACGAAGAUAACUCUAAUGAACAGCCUCGCAGUCGUUUUAAUGGGGGAAAUACCCGUGGUCAACCUUGGCGCGGCUCUUCACGCGGUUGGCGGGGUGGUCGUGGAGGUGGUGGCCCGACCAACCGUCUUUCUUUUCCACGUCAAUCUGAAUUCGGUGAUAGAAGAGGACAGAAACAUUCUUUGACAGAUUCGACUGAAUCGACCAACUUCAAACGACCCCGUUCCAACUUUCAUCAACACACCAAGUUUGAUGACUAGCAAACUUGUUCUUUUCUGUUCACUACUCAAGGAUUAAGAUUCCAUUAUUCUCAAGUUGUGUACAGUUGUAUACUUAUCAGAGCGUGAGUACAUACUUUGAUGGAGC